AUGGCAUUUAAGGGGAAAAGGGGCAUAGAUGAGAAGGAAUGUGGGCAUAGAAGCAUUGAUCUUAGUGUGCAGGUGGUAGAGGAGCAGAGCCGGAGGGCCAGUUUGCCCCCGGAGUUGCUUCUUGAUAUCAUUGUUAGGGUAGAGGCUAAUCAGCGUGUGUGGCCGGCUCGAAGGUCUGUGGUGUGUUGUGCUGCUGUUUGCAAGUCUUGGAGAGGGGUAGUUAGAGAGGUCGUUUGGACACCCGAGCAAUGUGGUUUGCUUACUUUCCCUAUGUCUCUUAAGCAGCCCGGCCCAAGGGAUUCUCCGAUUCAGUGCUUUAUCCGAAGGGAAAGGGCAACCUCGACUUAUAGGCUAUACCUUGGCUUAACCCCUGCUAUUUCGGGGGAAGCCAGUAAGUUUCUGUUAGCAGCGAGACGAAUCAAAAGAGCGACAAAAACAGAUUUUGUCAUAUCUUUUGCAGCAAGUGAUUUUUCUCACACCAGUGAUUGUCAUGCAGGCAAACUAAGAUCCAACUUUUUUGGCUCCAAAUUCUAUGUUCACGAUUCUCGGCAUCCCUGCAACACUCCUAUCCAAUCGCACCGUUGGUUGGGGAAAAGAAUUUCCCCCAAAAAGGUGGCACCAAGAAUACCUAUUUGCAGCUUUAAUGUUGCAACUAUUGCUUACCAACUUAAUGUUCUCCGCACAAGGCGACCAAGAAGGAUGAACUGCACGAUGCACACAAUUCCAAUAUCGUCAACUGAGGAAGGUGGAAGUGUGACAUUUGGUUGUGGUCACGAUGAAGCUUUUAGUCCCUUGACAGCUACCGAAAUGAGAAAACAGGAUUCUACUUCCGACGUCCCUAUUAGAGGAAAGUCGAAACAACCGUACAACAGCAUUGGUGAACCACUCAUUUUGAAGAACAAAACUCCGAGAUGGCAUGAGCAGCUGCAGUGUUGGUGUCUCAACUUCAGAGGACGUGUUACAGUGGCUUCGGUCAAGAAUUUUCAGCUUGUAGCUGCCGGGGACUCAUCAGAGAAUGUUCCAGCUUCAGAACAAGAGAAUGUAAUCUUACAAUUCGGGAAGAUAGGAAAGGACAUAUUUACCAUGGACUUUCGAUAUCCCCUCUCUGCAUUCCAAGCAUUCUCUAUCUGUUUAAGCAGCUUUGAUACGAAACCAGUAUACGAGUAG